AGUAUAAUUUUAGAAAUGACAAGCAUAUACUUGCAUUUAUCGAAAAAGAUGGCUAUGGAAUCCUUAAAUUACUAAAAUGCCCUUGCUGCUUAUCAAACCCUAUUGUGGUUUUCUCUCUAUUCGGUCGAUUUUACGCCGAAAUAAUUGGAGUUUCCCUGCGUAUGUUCCGGCAAAAUUCGCCGUGAAUUGGAUUUUACAUAACUGGGACUCCAUUUCAUUGCGAUUAUCUUUUUGUAUAUAUUCGGACUGAGAUGGACAAUCUCACGGCUAGUGAGGCAGCUGGCUACGGUGUUGGGGCUCUAUUAUUUCUUGCCACCAUUGCUGCACCCAAAAUAGAUGCCUUCAUUUCAGCUUCGCAGAGGAGGUCUCUGGGGAUGUGCAGGCAAUGUGGUGACCUGAAGGUUAUUGCAUGCUCAAGAUGCAGGGGGGUGGGUUUGGUGAAAGGAGGACCGUUUAGCAUGGCAAGUGAUCUUUAUCAGACAUUUAGAGAAGGUGGACCCAAAUUGGGUACCACACCAUGUAAUGUUUGUAACGCAAAAGGGCGUUUGCGCUGCCCUAACUGUUCGCAGCAGCAGACCUAACCCAGUUUUGGUCUCUCUCUGUGGCUGUAUGUGUGUCAUGUUUCUUGUUCAGUACUAUUAUCGGAUGCAAAAGGAAAUUUCGAUUUGUUUGAAAGAAAAAUGUCUUUGAGCAUUAUCAUCUUA